CAGCGGGCCGGGAGGGGCCGGGGCAGCAAUAGCAAUAGCAAUAGCGGCAGCAAUAGCGGUACCCCGAGGGCUGGGGGGAGGCUGCUCUCUGCAGUAGGCCGGGUUUGUGCCGCCUCGUUCCUUUUCUCUCCCCUGCCGGCGGCAGGUUGAGGGCCGCCUCGUGGAGCCCGAGCUGUUCCCGCCGCUCGCUCCGUGGGCCGGAGCACCCCGCUGUCCUUGGCGGGCGGGCGGAGCCGUGUUGCUGCGGUCGGGCUCGGCCUCCUGGGGCCGCUUUCCUCGGCUUGGAGGGCAGCGGCUGCUUUGCGGGAGCGUUUUUAAAAGUGACUGUGCGAAAUCUCUGUGGAAGACGGAUUGCUGUUAACGGCACUGGGAGAAGAGGUGCUUUUAGGACGAGUUAUUCGAGAGUGAGAAUUCUUGGUAAGACAUGUCGUGGAUCAGAGAAGGCGAGUUGACCAUCAUUGAGAGGUUUUGUGCCAACAUAAUUAAGGCAGGUCCAAUGCCCAAGCAUGUUGCCUUCAUCAUGGAUGGCAAUCGCCGUUAUGCCCAGAAGUGUCACGUGGAGAGGCAGCAAGGACAUUCGCAGGGCUUUGAUAAGCUGGCACAGACACUGCGGUGGUGUUUAAAUCUGGGGAUUCGGGAGGUCACUGUUUAUGCCUUUAGUAUUGAGAACUUUAAACGAUCCAAGGAGGAGGUGGAUGGACUAAUGGAUCUGGCAAGGCAGAAAUUUAGCCGCCUACUGGAAGAACAGGAGAACCUGAAGAAGCAUGGUGUGUGUAUCCGUGUGCUCGGGGACCUGCCACUUCUACCCUUGGAUAUUCAGGAGCUGAUUGCCCAGGCUGUGAUGGCAACCAGGAACUACAACAAGUGCUUUCUAAAUGUCUGCUUUGCAUACACAUCAAGACAUGAAAUCAGCAAUGCUGUCAGGGAGAUGGCCUGGGGGGUAGAGCAAGGACUGCUUGAACCCAGUGAUGUGUCUGAAUCGUUGCUUGAUAAGUGUUUGUAUACCAGCAACUCCCCUGACCCAGACCUCCUGAUUCGAACCUCUGGAGAGGUCCGCUUGAGUGAUUUCCUGCUCUGGCAGACAUCCCAUUCAUGCCUGGUGUUUCAGUCAGUGUUGUGGCCAGAAUAUUCCUUUUGGAACUUGUGUGAGGCUAUCCUUCGGUUCCAGAUGAACUAUAAUGCAUUACAGAAGGCCAGAGACUCCUACAUGGAGGAAAGGAAGCAACAACAGAUGGAAAGGGAUCAGGCUUAUGUGACAAAGAAGCUGCAGCAGGAGGGUUUUGCAUCCCAUGGAGACUCUCGGCGCCGACGGACACUGUUGCAAAAAUGCACUGCCAUGCGGGAGGAGAGAAUCCAGGGCUUUCUACAGGCACUAGAGCACAAGAGAGCGGACUUCUUUGAAAGAUUAUGUACAGUGUCUGCGUGACACACAUGCUGGGUGGCUCUUGGGAAGGCAGUAUUUAAUCGUGUUGGAAUAGCUGCUGCCCAGAGGAAUUCACUUGGGGUGGUUCUGCUGUGGGGAUGCAGGACUGCCAUAGGAUGUUGAGUCCCCACUGGCCCUGUCUAAGGGCAGGGACAGAGUACUGUGAACCUUUCUAGUUCUGUGAAUGCUGCUGAGGGAGGUAAUGCCGUCCUUCUAUCUUGCCUCCCUGUCCCUGAUGAUGGAGGGAGAAUACAUGCACCUCACUGUAUCUCCACUGCUUGAUGUACUGAUGACAAGGAAUUAACUAAAACAAGCCUCCCAUUCUGUCGGGCUCCUCAUGGAUUAGCCCAGGCAAACUGUUUCAGUCAUAUAAAGUCAGCCUGGACUUGAAUUUCUUGUGAUUUUGUAGUAGUAAAUCUAGUGAGAUUUCCUCUGUGUUCCCAUUCAACUUCCUUCCUCAACAGACAGAAAGGUGUGUAAGAGAGCCCUGUGCCAAGCACUGGCAGAGAUACUCCCCACUGCCUGCUUGGGGAUAGCAUCUUGUCUUUUCCCCACCUCACUAAGCAGGGUUUGAUAUAUUUGCUCCCGGUUUCCAAAGAGGUAAAGUGAGAUGUUGUCAGCCUUGCCAUAAAGGAAAAAGAAGAACUGGAUCAGGUCCUGCAAUCCUUUCCCAGCAGAGUGAGUGUGUUUGGGGGGGGGUGAAUACCCAAAUGUAGAAGGUGAUGUUGAAACAGUGUGUUCAGGAAAAAGGGGGAAUGAUCCAAAGAGGUGAGGAGAAACAAUUACUUAGGAAUUAAUGUCAUGGCUUACAAAGGAAAAGUUAACUAAAACUAGGUGAUAGGAAAAUUAUGCUAAAAUCAUCUGAGAUCUCAAGAGCAAGGACUUCAGACACCCUGGAAAAGGGAAUGAGGCUGGGAAUACAGGAAUGCAGUAGCCAAAACCUGACCUCAGCCAAAAUGGUCUAAGUGCUGUACGGCUGACUUCAAUGGGAGUGGCCAGAACAGCUGUGGGUGCUAUUUCUCCAAUCUCUUUUAGCAGGGAGGAGGAUUAGCUAGUUUCUAAGAUUGAUUGUCACUAAUUUUUUUCUGGUUUCCGUCCCUACAGUGGAAAACAACAGGAAGUGUUUCUGAUGCACGUACAGGUGCAGCAGUAUCAGCUAUUGCUCUUUUCAAAGUGUUCUUUUUUUACCUCCAGGUGAAAAUGAGUAAAUGCAAACUUAAAGGACUUUUACAUACUGCAAACUCAGCAUUUUGAAUGUGAUUGUGAAGAGGAUAACUACAUUGUCAAGCAGUGAAUAAAGUAUAUUCAUAUCAAAUCAUUUUAAAAACAA